AGUAAUCUUGCUGAAACCUUGUUUGGCGAUCAAUACUAGCAUGCCUGCUCGCGUCAAUAAUAGAUCAUCCUCGCAACCCACUGCCACACGUACACUUAGGAAAAGAAAAUCUGGUAAUAACACACAGGAAUUUGAAGCUGUCGAAUCUUCUGAUGCUGGCAUAGUUGACUUCAAUGACCUCUCAACGACUUUGAGGAACAAAAUGCCGAAAGAUAUCGAGACUGAAAAACGUGAGAGAAGUGUUGUUCUGGAUGGGCACUUCGCAACUCAUAUCUACUACGAAGUUCUACUAUGUCCAACGUCUUCCUUCGAAAAAGCAUGACACCUGCAGAGCGC